UCAACAAGGAAACGUCUAAUUGUCUUUGUUAACAUGUUUAGAAGAUGGAAUGAACAAAUAUUUUGACAAAUCAGUUGUAGGCACUAAAACUACCUACUGCAUUACACUGCAUAAGUCGGAGCGGGUAUACUACUCUCAUAAUGGCAAUUUAGUUACGUUUUACUGGCUGUACAGAUAAACUGUAUAUUCGACCUGCGGCAGUACUACUAGUUACACGACAUUCAAUGAUUGAAUGAAAUUUUCAUGGUACAACAAUUUUGUAACAGGAUAUCACGGACAUAAGAAAACCGUAUCUCAUUAAACCAAACUGUAGGGGAUAUAUAUACAUAUAGCAAUCUUUCAAGGAGCUGUCAAUUACACAGAAAUUUAAUAACCAUUAUAUCCGGGUGAAGUAUCCAGUUGGAAAUAUUGUACCUAGACUCAAGUUUUACGUUUCGAGCAACCCAGGUAUUGUGAUUUUGUGUUAAAAAUUCAUCUAGGUUAGAGCUAUACUAGCAUCUUGUAUCUAGGUUAUGUAUGAAUAGUGAUUUUGUGUUAAAAUUUCUAGUUUAGUGCUACAAGAAUCUUGUAUCUAAGUGACUGUUCAAAUGCCAGUGAGGGUAAAUCGUAUGUUAAAAUCAUCAAGACUGUAUUUACCAAUAGAAACUAUCCGUAUUUUAUCCGUAUUAAACAGUAACUCUGUGCCUUGAACACAUAAAUCUGACUUUGAGUUUGUAACUAAACAAUAAGUUCAAUUACAGUAAACAACCAAAUGAUAGCUUAUACAUUGAAUCAAAAAAGCUGGUGGUUUAGAAAAGGUGUUAAGCACCUCUGUUGAAUCUUGUGAUUGGAGAAACGGAUAGUCCAAAAUAUCGUAUCAGAAGCUAAAGCAGCCCAUUCACCGACCCCAGAUAUUGAGUGCGUGCGAUUGAGAUUUUAAGAAUUUUUAAGCAAGUUACACAGAUUUUAGUUCUGUUACAUUUGCGUCAGUCUAGAUAAUGGAUGAGUUAGCAAUAGCAUUAGCUCAUCAAAACAUGUAUCAGCUUUGUUGAUUGGUGGAGGUAUUUUCUUCAGCUAUCACAUGCUUUGGCACCCAAUAUUCUUUUGGCUAUAGUGUUCUUAUAUUCAAAUGCAAAAAUAAUCAUGUGAAUUAAUGCUAAAAUCUCAAGUGAAGCAUGUGUGAAUAGCCACUCCAUUGUUCAAUACAUAGUAAGCAUAAUACACUUAUAUUGAAUUGAAUUACCCAAGUUUAUAUAACAAAAAUCAGUUGAUUGUAUCUAUAUUUUUUUAUUUAUAUCUAAGCCUAAUAUGGAUCAUAGCUUUUUAAAUCUGUUCAUAUCGUAAACAGUCCAAGUCAUUUAUCUAAUGUAAGAUGUAUAUUACCUAUAUCUAUCAAAAUUCUUAUCUGACUUCAAAAUUUGUUGAAAGUUAACAGUAUUGUUUAUAUAUUUAAUUGUAAAUAUAGUCUAAAGGUGUUUGUGUAUAACAAAAAAGAAAUGAAUAUUGUUUUGUAAGUAAGAGCAUUGUUUUUUAUAUCUAAAUUUAUCUUUUGUUUAAAGGUACUUGAGUGCUAUAAUAGACAUCUUUUAUCAAAUUUAUAAUUGAGGGAGAGUUUUUGGAUUUAUCUAUUUUCAAAAUUUUAAGCAUGAUUGGUUUCUUAAUUGUAAGCAAAUAUGAUUUUUUUUUUAAAUAUAGAUAUUUAAUGCACUUUAAGUCAUUUUAAACUUGGGACAAAAUCGUCUAUGAAAAGUAAUUUUUAUUAUUAUAGACGUCAAUGCAUUCCUUCAAAUAUAAAAAAAUCUUGUAAACAAUGUCUGGAAAGUAAUAACAGAUAAUAAAUUUGAUAAAUAAAACCGACCUCAUUAUCACUGUCGGCAAUAUUAUUCAAUUAUUUGCACCUUUUUACAAGGAAGUACAACUAUUAGUUGAUAAAGAUUGUCUACCUGAUGAAAUAUUACAAUUUAUAUACUAUAUAUAAAUUGUCAAGUGUUCUUGUGUAGAUAUUGUUUUUCUGUAUUAUUUCUUAGGAUUUAUAACUGUCUGAUUACCACAACUCUGUAUAACUUAGUUGCUGAGAUUCAUCCACUUAUCUUAAGGAGUUAUUUUGUCAACAUCUUGGAACCUUGAUUUAUAUAUAUAUAGUGUGUUCAAAACAGGACUUACUUUUGUCAGUCAAUUAACAUGCCAUAAAAUUAGGUUUUUUUUAGACAAUUCAACCAUCAAACACAAUAAAUACAGUUAAAUUGAUGGUUUUUUAUUUGUAAAAAAACACUAGAUAUUGACUUAAAUUUGAGAUAAUGCUAAACGCUGUCACAUUCUUUGAAAACAAUCUCUUGCUUAUUUGAGAUAAACAAAACACACUAAAAAAUUAACCAGUUGGCAGAGUUUUAAAUUGAGCAUUAUAGAGAUUAAACUUUGUAGCUUUAAGUAUCAGUGCUGUCUCAGGAAAUUUGUCUGGGAUAUCUUUGUUAGUGGAAGGGGAUGUUGAAUAUGAGUGUGUUACACAAAUGGAUACAGAUUCAGCACUAUAAAUGUGAAUAAAGUACUUUAUCAAUAUCUGAACAAGAAGAAAAUUGACCAUGGCAGUGAAAGGUGUAAAUUGUAUUUCCUUAUUGGCAGUAAUUUGGGCAAGUUUUGAAAUAAUGACAUUUGCUGGAAUAAUCUUUGGCUGGCAUAACAUUGUCUAUAUCUACAAAGAUCAAGGCUACUUCAGUCAUUUGUGUCCAGCACUGAACCAAUCACAGAAAAACAAUGGGUCAAUGUUUAAUGAAACUUUCCUAAACAGUUCAAAAUAUUUAAGUGAUACAAAAUAUUUGUUAAAGGGUAAUAUUAAUUCAUCGAAUAACGAAGUUCUCACUGUUGGAAUAUAUACGAAUGAUUCUGUGAGGAAGGGCGAUUUGUCAUGUGAAGAUCGCUACAAAUUGGCAGCCAUUGAGUUGAGAUCAAAUUGUCGAGAACAAGAUGAACAAUUUAAUCUGAUAUUUACUUUAUCUACGUUUAUUACUGGGGCACUAUGUUUUCUUAGUGGAUGUUUUUAUGAUAAAUGUGGUACAAGAGUCUGUCGGAUACUCUCCAUGUUAUGUUUUAUACCAGGUUUAUUAUGUUUAAUUGUGGUCACACCAGAAAGUGGAGUACUGUUAUACCCAGGUUUUAUAUUAAUAACAUUUGGUGGUUAUAUGGUUCUAUUUACCAAUAUACAGGUAGCAAAUCUAAUACCUGGAUAUCGUUCUAUGUUAAUAGCUAUUUUCUGUGGCUCAUAUGAUGUUAGUUCUACCAUUUUACUUUUCUUCAAGUUGGCGUAUGAGAACAGUGGAAUAAGUCCGAAUACAUGUUUUAUUUGUAUGUUAGUUGUAUACUGUCUCGUGGUCACGUUUGGUACCUUUUGUCUACUACCUAGAUAUAGACUACCAUGGCCACACCCAACUAAAUACAAAUACAAACCAUUCAUUUAUAGACUUCUUGUACGAGAAAAGUCAGUAACAUUGGAAAAUGAAGGUAUUUCUAGACCCUUGAACAAAGAAUUGACCAUGGAUGAAUUUGGAAGCGUCAUGGUACACGAAGAAACUUUAUCGCAGCAAAUUGUAAUUGAGAGUGAUAUAGUUAAAUUCGAUGGAAAAGAAUUAAUAGAAUUAAAUGGAGAAAAAUGUAAUUUAGUCGAGGAAAAUAUCAAUGAGAGCGAUUGCAAACCAAAAGAAGACGAGAAAAGAAAUCCUGAUUAUGUCAUGGUGCCAAAGUUCAGUAAGAUGUUAUUGUCUCCCCUGUUUUUGUGGGAUCUUAUGUGGAUGUGUUUUCAAAGAUUACGUAAUUGGAUGUUUAUUGGUGUAUUUAAUCCGUGGAUGACAAGAUUAGCCUGUGGCGAUAAAUCUGUUGUGAGUCAUUAUACAUCAUUUCUGUCAUCAACACAGUUCAUUGGCAUUUUUACAGCAGCAUUUAGUGGUUGUAUCAUGGAUAGAAAGAUCAAACAAAAUUAUAACAACAUUAGAAAAUAUGAACGAAUCCAUGCCUCAAUUGCCUCGUUUCUGAUGAACUGUACAGUUGCCAUGUUGUUAUCUAUUGGCAUGACAAUACCUGUUUUACAAGUUCAAUAUGUAACCUGUCUUCUACAUACAUUUCAUCGAUCUUUUCUAUAUGGACCAAAUAAUGCUUUUAUAGCAAAUGCAUUUCCAACAGAACACUUUGGUAAAUUAAUGGGAAUAAGCUUGACUGUGUCUGCGAUUUUUGGAAUGCUGCAGUAUCCAUUGUUUUUAUUAAUACAAGGUCCAUUCGAUAAUGACCCUCUUGUGGUAAAUGUACUGAUUUGUGUGAUGAUUUUAUGUACCUAUCUACAUCCUGCUUACAUCUGGUAUUAUCUACGUAAAAAAAUAGCUAAAAAUAAGUUUUGAAGAAUGUGAAAUAAUCAAUAAGCUUCUUGAAAUCAAGAGUUGCAAACAAAUCACUUUGAUGUGUUUAAAAAUGGAGCUGGUGUGAUUGAGAUGUCUCACAGAAUGCAUCAUAUGCAGAUUUAAUACAAUAUAAAUUGCUAUUAUUCACAUUAUGUUUUCAUUAUGUAUUCCUUAUGUUAUCUGCCCACAUUUUCUCUGGGAAUUGUCAUCACUUCUGUCCAGUAAUUAUUUUAAGAUGUAUUACUCUUGAUCAAUGAUUACUGUGAAAAAUCUUAUGAGAUGCUCCAGCCAUGACAAUUACCAUCUGAUUACACCAAUAAUUAAUUUUAAUGGAUUUUUUUGCCCAUAAUCAAUUUAUAGUGUCCUGUAAAUGCUUUGGUUGCCUUUAAACUUAGAGAUCAAAAGAGUUAGGGGCCUGGAGUCAAUGCAAAUAAGCAUAAUCAUGACGGCAAAUUCUUAGCCGAAUAUCUUUGCACACUUUUCGGAAUAAUCGACUCCGGUGCCAAAGAUCGACACCGGUCCAUCUGUGACAUCACAUGUGCUCCGGUGCCCACCGACACUAUAUAUAGAGGGCCACCGCACAUCCUCAUUUAAGCCUGAAGAGUUCGAAUAAGAACAAAACUAGUAGCUAUGAGAAAUCUGGGAAGGCUGUUCGCCUAUUUACAGAUUUUUUACUGCCUAUAAAAGAAUCACAAUACAACAACCCAAUGAACUGCUCCAGACUCCUAAUUAGCUUCUGCAGGCUUUAUGUUACCUGGCAACCUAUCUUUUAUAAAGUUUUGCUUUUAAGAAAUUAUUUUAAAGGAUGUCAACCCUGAUUUAGAUAUUUAAUUAUAGAAUCUGAAUAGGUCUGGGUCUUUUUUUUUUGAAAGCUUAAAUCUCUUAAAAUUGAUUGUUAACUUAAAAUCAUAACCAGACUUAGUUCGAUUUGUUAUUAUGGUUGGCUUAGACCUAGUCACAAUUUGUUAUUAUGGUUGGCUAAGACUUAGUCACGAUUUGUUAUUAUGGUUAGCUUCCAUUCAAGUUUUAAGUUACAAAUAGAUUUCAAUAAAUUAAAGCUUUAGUAUGGCCGCUGUAUAUUUGAUAUUUUAAAUGACAUAUUUUUUUUUUAACAAGAAAGGACAAUCUGUGUAUUUUUUGUCAUCUUUGUUUGUACAUAGAUGUAUGUAAUCUAUAAAAUGUUCAUCAUGGUUCAGAUUGUAUUUCUGUUAGAUUGUUUUUAAAAAUGAAAUAUAAUAAUUAUUAUUUUACAAAACUCGGCUAAUAUCCACCAUAUUUGUUUUCCUGGUUUCAAGUAAUAAUUGUUAUGUGUAUUUUUUGUAUACAUACUGAUAGAUAAGAAUUCUGUUAUGUUUAAAAAUUUGAUUUUGAAAUGGUUUAUAAGUUUUAUCACAUCAAUACCUUGACUAAGUUCAAUAAUAAACAUUUUCUGCUGAGGGUAAGCAGAGCUAUAACCAAUUGGAUUGGUCGAUUUUUUGGAACACAAUAACUCUGCUUUUAAUUGAGGUAGAAUGUUUAAACUUGAUGUAGAUGUUCAUUAGGUGAAUGUUUUGAUUGAGUUCAAUGAUUAACAUUUCCCGCUAAAGCUAAGCAAUUUCAUUGGCUGAUGCUCUGGGACAAGAUAACGUUGAUUCUAUCUGAUGGAGAGUGAUGAAACUUAGUGUAUAGUUGAUAAUCAGUUUGAUUGCUCAAUACUUUGAAAAAAAUAAAUGUGCGAUUAAUUAAUAUGUGUCAUCUAUUUAUUUGGGGAUUUCGGCGGGGGACAUCAGCCUCACUGUUGGCUUGUUUAUGUAGGUUUGUUUAAUAAGAUGUAUAGUUAAUUACAGGUACAUUUUAACUGGUACAUGCCCACUAGGUGAAUCACGAGAGAAAUUUAAUAUAACAAUAUGGUUUUAUAUCUGUUAUUGUUUUGUUAAUGAUAGUCAAUGGCAUUAAUUAGCACACCUUUAUUGAUCUUUUGUCAAAUUUGAUAACAUAUCAUGUAAUCCUACCAUAUUCAACAUAGUAAUUACAGUUUCAUUCAGUAUCUGGAUUGGAUUAGUUGGUUGCUUGUUCACCAGACUUGGGUUAAACGAUCGCUAACAUAUCUUUUAAGUUCUUCAAUUCAGGUGUUACCCUAUUAUAUAACAGAUGAGAAUUGAUUAUUUCAGUUGCUUCAUAUAUUUUAUUCAAUGACUUUAUGAAUUGCAUAAAUUGCUCUAGUAAUGUAUUGAGUGUUAUAUUUGUCCUGUAUCUACAUAUUAUAUACGCCACCAUUUAAUGUGAAUAUACAAUAAACCAACAAGAUACUUAUAGAUUCCACUACUAACCAUAGAUAUUUUUUCAUUCAAAUUGAACCCACUAUCUUAAGACACAAUCAGAUCUUAUGUGUUUGUAUCAAGAAGAGGAAUCCAUUACCCGGUCUUUAACAGGGGCCACUAUUGUACCUUAUAAUUUACAUAGUGCUAGUUCAGGAAUUAGACAUGACAGGGAUCAUAUCUUUCUGGUACCCAUCUAGGUCGAAUUUUUGUUUCAACAUAAAAUUGCUAACAUCUCUAUAAUAUGGUGUAACCUUGAUGACCCUAUAAGUUUAUAAUAGGAUUACUGUCAACCAAGAAAUCAUUGUAUCAUAAAAUCAAGCAUGGAAAGUAGCCAUCUGUCAAUGUCCUGCAGUGCCUGUUAUUUUUUUGCCCAUUUCAAGGUUUUUAUUUUAUAUUUUUAUUGCAGGUCUAUCUGAUUGAUAUUUUGUCUACAACUAAAGUUACUAUUUCCUGGUCUACAUAAUAAUUCAAAUUGACCUGCAGUUUUAUAAAAAUGAUGGCCGUGUGGCAUCAUUGUUGUGUGACCAUCAACAUUGAUUAGCUUACUACUAAUAAAUCACUGUUGUUUAUUUUAUUGUUUUGAGUAGGUAUAAAGUUUAACCAUAUAACAGAUUUAUGGACUAACUACUGAACUGUGUUCUUUAUUUUGUUUUGUCACUGAAGAGAUGUGCAUUGGUUUCUUAUUUUGCAGUAUCUGUCUAUUGGUGUUCAUACCAGGCUUGUUAAAAACAAAUAUUUUCAUACCAUGUUUGUUUAAAACAAAUGUGUUUGUACACCAUGCUUGAUAAAAACAAAUGUGUUUGUACUAAGUUUGAUAAAAACAAAUGUGUUUGUACUAAGCUUGAUAAAAACAAAUGUGUUUGUACUAAGCUUGAUAAAAACAAUUGUUUCAUUUCAUACAAUGCCAGGGGCCGAUCCAGGAAUUUUUGCAGGAGGGGAUUUCCUAUUAAGGAAAUUUGACAGCUGAUAAUGUAUGGCAUCGUGGUCCCCAAAUUACGUAGGCAUACAUAGGCCUACACACUGAGAUGUUUAAAGAGAGAAAUCCAACACCCCAUUUGACAUCAAUUUUAAUUUUGAAUUAAAAGGCUCGUAUUGUGAUUCAAUUUCAUUGAUGCAAAGCAUUAAUUGUGAUAUCACAUAUGUCUAUAUCAUUAUCUCCCGCUUUGAAUUACCAUCCCAUCCCACCAUCUGGUGAUAAAAGAUAAAGCACACGACUGUGACACUUUUCUUAUAAAAGUGCUGUUUUACAAUUCUUUUUGUUGCUGAGCAGGGGAGGGAGUCGGGGGUCACCAUUCUCUGGAUCAGCCCCUGCAUGCUUGAGAUAAAAACAAACGUGUUCAUAUUCCAUGCUUGAAAUAAACACCUUUGUUUUGUACCAUCCAUGUUUUAUAGAAUCAAAAUAAUGCACAUGUGUUCAUACCAUGCAUGAUAAAAGCAAAUGUAUUCAUAUCAUAAAUAUAUGAUUUAUUUAACUAAUUCUAUAUAUUUACAAAACCUAAAUAUUUUAAACUUUUAUGACAAUUUAUUACACAAGUCUUUAUAUAAGAAUAUGGUGUUUUUCAAAUAUAUUUAUUUGAAAUUUUAAGCUCUUUUUGUGGAUUUUUGAUAUAUGUAGCUUUUGUAUAAUAAAGAAAAA